AUUCAUUCAUCAGGAGGAGGAAGAGAAACAUUACAGUCAGCGCACUGAUCAAUGUUAUGUACACAUAUAAUACUAUUACAUUUAUCUAGCAUUCUUCAAGAGCUGUCAAACCCUGUACAUAACUUCCAUUAACAGACAAAUUUGUGGAAGUAAAGGAGUUUGUCUUUAUUUCCGUGUAUAUCUAUGCAGAAACGCCUUUAUAAUCUCUGUUUACAUCACAUGAAGUAGAUCAUUGCUGUUGGGAUGUUUCUGGUGGGACUGACCGGAGGAAUUGCCUCAGGGAAGAGCACAGUGUCUUCUCAACUCAAAGAGCUGGGCUGUCCUGUCAUCGAUGCAGAUGUGGUUGCCCGAAAAGUGGUGGAGCCUCAAACCGCAGCGUACAGACUGAUCGUGCGCCACUUUGGGCGGGAGGUUUUAUCAGAAAAUGGUGAGAUUGACAGAAAGAAACUGGGCCAGAUCAUUUUCUCCAGCCCUGAGAAACGCAGGCUUCUCAACUCCAUCACACACCCGGAAAUACAUAAAGAAAUGUUGAAGCAAAUCCUGCUGUACUUCAUUAAAGGCUACAGGUAUGUGAUUCUGGAUGUUCCGCUGCUGUUUGAAACUCGACGGCUCACUCGAUUCCUGACGCACACUGUGGUCGUGUACUGUGAUCCAGCGACGCAGCUGUCCAGACUCAUGCAGCGGGACGCUUUGAGUCAGACUGAGGCCGAGCAGAGGAUCUCCGCUCAGAUGCCGCUGAAGGAGAAGCGCGGUCUGGCCAAUCACGUGAUCGAGAAUUCGGGCUCGCGCGAGGACACACACAGACAAGUGCUGCGGCUGCACUCCAAACUGGACGACUGCAUGCAGUUCCUGAUCAUCAGAGCCGUCGCGGUGGCUGCGCUCACUGGGCUCGGCGGACUGUUCAUCUAUACAGUCAAAAUAAUCACUUCAUAGCCCACAAACAUUAACAUUUAGUCAUUUAGCAAUAGAGGACGCAUUUAGCGACUCAACAAGAAGAGACAAUACACACAAUAAGUGCUAAUUAUUAGCCCCCUGUAUAUUUUUCCCCAAUUUCUGUUUAUCAGAAAGAUUUUCUCAACACAUUUCUA